AUGCUAAAAGCCAAAAUGGCUGCCCCGAGGAAGCCCGCACCGCGUAGCUAGAGAGGGUUGGGGAGCAAGAUUCUGCGGGAAAGGGGGAGGGGGACUCCAGAAAAAGCCGUUGCCAGGACCAUCACCCCGGAGCAGCACAGUUUCCAGUUACAGCCAUCCCUUGCCAUAACUUUUAAACAAUAUUUGGAAAAAUACCAGCCAAGAGAAAAAAUGAUAAAAUUUUUCCUCAUGGUGAAUAAACAAGGGCAGACCCGACUUUCUAAGUACUAUGAACAUGUGGAUAUUAACAAGCGCACACUUCUGGAAACAGAAGUCAUCAAGAGCUGCCUCUCUCGAUCCAAUGAGCAAUGCUCUUUCAUUGAGUAUAAGGAUUUUAAGCUGAUAUAUCGGCAGUAUGCAGCUCUCUUCAUUGUGGUUGGAGUUAAUGACACUGAGAAUGAGAUGGCUAUUUAUGAAUUCAUCCAUAACUUCGUGGAAGUUUUAGAUGAGUACUUCAGCCGAGUGAGUGAAUUAGAUAUAAUGUUUAACUUAGAUAAAGUACACAUCAUUUUGGAUGAGAUGGUGUUAAAUGGCUGCAUUGUGGAAACUAACCGGGCAAGAAUUCUUGCCCCUCUACUAAUUCUUGACAAGAUGUCAGAAAGCUGAAGAAAAGGCUCUGCCAGACAUCGAUUUCAAACACCGUGGGAUACAUCUCAACAUCUGUAGCCCAGGAGAAUCUGGAAGACAAUUGCAGAAUCGGGUAUCCUUCCAAAGACAUUAUAAGUAUGUGUUUUCCACAUUCCUAAAUGGAAAACAAAACUAUUUAAAAAUAUAUACAAAGAAAAUUUUUCUCUACACUGA